AUGCGUUUCCUUAUAAAUCAGAAAAAUUUGAAGACAUCUCUGCUCAAACUGAAAUUGAAACCGGAUUAUGAUGGGGCAGCCACAGCGUUGGAACGAGCAUCAGUCUGCUACAGAAACGCAGGAGAUCCGAAGAAAGCUGCAAAGUCACUGGUAGAUGCUGCAGGACAUUAUGAACAAAUUGGAAACAUUUUUCAUGCUGCAAAAGCUCGUGAGGGCGCAGCUAUGCUUCUCAGAGAUGCUGGUGAUACAGCAGCAGCUUAUCCUCUAUUUGAAAAAGCUAUUGAUCAAUAUGCUGAGUCAGGUAGUUUGGAUACAGCGGCAAUGACUGUGGAUAAAGCUGCAAAAGUGAUAGUACAAGGAGAACCCGAGCAAGCGAUAAAGUUGUAUGAGAAAGGGCUCGCCCUUGUGCAGCAGUCUGAUCGAUCGAAAAUGGCUGGAGAGUUUUUGAGUCAAAUUACUCGUUUGAAUCUUCGGUUAGAGCGCUACGAUCAAGCAGCAAAGGCGAUACGCGAAGAAAUUGAGAAAUAUGUCGAAGUCAAGGAACCUGGUCGUGUUGGACAACUUACCCUAGCGCUCAUACUCGUCCAGCUAGCACGAGGAGACUCCGUAGCAGCUGCAAAAUGCUACCAAUGGGUUGUGGAACAGUGUGCUGAAUUUGAGUUUACUGAUGAUGCCAGAGCUUGUCGUCAGCUUAUUGGCGGUUGGGAAGGUGGAGAUGAUGAACAGUUUCAAAAUGUUCUGAAAGAUGGAGUGCUGCGAAGCAUGGAUAAUGAGUACCUCCGGCUAAUGAAGAAGCUGCAUGCACCAGGAACUACAUCAAUUGGUGAAGAAGGCGAAGAGGAAGAUUUAAAGUAAAA